UGCAGGUGCGCCUGCUUUAAAACGUGUGCACGUCCCGUUGGCCCGGGCGGGGAAGUGAAACAAUAAGCAGCUAUGGGAGAAGUUUGUAAGGAGAGGAAGCCGUGGCUUCGUGUUGUUUGGCAAAUCUGCAACGUUUUCAUGUGUUUGUUCUUCGCUCUGGCGUCGUACGUCCAGAUCAAUGAUCCAGAUGCAGGUUUAUGGAUGGCUGGUUACGGCGUCCCUGCAGUCCUGAGUGCGUGUAUUGUUGUGAAGCCUCAUGUGACAGAGACUUUGCCCUGGAGGCGUGUUGCUGACCUUCAUGUGCUGAUUUCCAGUGCGAUCAGUGCCAUGUUGGGAUGGACGCUCUACAAAGAGCAAAUCACACAGAUCUUCCAGAAGGAGGAGGGCAGAGAAUUUUCAGGUCUCGUUUUGACUGCAAUUUGGCUCCUCCUGUGUCGCCACUCUGGAAGAGCUCCUGUCGGGAUACUCAGAGUCUCCACAGCUGCUGCCAUCACAGUCUUCCCAUUUGUGGCCUGGCUUUAUUACCACAUCAACAAGGAUCUGAGAUCAGACUGGCCUUCACACUGUACGACUGCCAUUUAGACAUCAGCCUGUUUUGGCUGAUGAAACAUGAUUAAACACAAAUCUAUGACAGCUAAAAUGCACUGAUCCGUUUGAGUUUUUAUUGAACACUUAUGUAAAAUAAUUAAUAAAAAUAAAAAAGUUUAUUAUUUAAACUUUA